CGCCGGGAUUGGCCACAUGAUGAUCAUACGAUCGUUUAUAAUUUUUUAGUUAUUGCGUUUGACAUAUCGGUGUUGCGCUUGCACGAGUUAUCUAUUGUUCUGAGGUUUAUUCGAUGUGAAACGAAUUAUUGUAAAAAUUUAACGGCGCGGGGCUAGAAAUGGCAGACCCAGGUGGAUGGGCGCCGGCCCAAGACAAUGAUUUCUCUAAUUUCCAGUCGAGUGACAGCUUCAAUUUGAAUGAAGUCACUGGUAUCGAUGAUCUCUUAACAAAUUGUGAAAAUGAAUUAUUGAAAAAUGAGCUAUUCAGCGACGAGGCUUUACUUUCUGAAUUGGAUGAUCCUAUGGCAGUAGAUGGGAAUACAUUUGAUUUCUUAAAUAUCAACAAUGAUGAAUUUAAGGAUUUUAAAGACUACAAAGAUCCAGCUAUCCUUGAAUCGCCGAAUACAAAUGUUGUAGUGACGCAACAAGCAGUGACAGAUAGUAACCAACCUGUUGCUUAUAUGCAACAAGAUAUUACAUCAGUCACACAAAACAGACCACAGAGAAUAUCAUUGGCUUCAACAACACCUACAGUGUUUAGUUCACAAUAUGCGAUACCACAAAAUGUAAAUUUUAAUGUUCAAUCGCCAAAUGUUGUAACUUUGGCUCCAGUUGCUCAGCAAAGACAGUUACUUCUACCAGCUAAAUUGAUAAAAUCAGAAUCUCUUGUGUAUUCUAAAGGUGGACCGACUAUUACAUCAACUCCUGUUCCACAUCAGAUACAUACUCUUGUAAAUACUGCAAAUGGAGCAGUGUUAACUACUGGGAUUCCUGUAGUACUGGACACUGACAAAGUACAAAUUAAUCGUCUAAACACAGGUACACAUGUAAGUGUACCAAGAGUGAGAGAAGUCAAACGUAGCGCUCACAAUGCAAUUGAGCGACGUUACAGAACAUCGAUUAAUGAUAAAAUAAUUGAGUUGAAGAAUAUUAUAGUUGGCGUCGACGCCAAGCUAAACAAAUCUGCGAUUUUGCGGAAAACUAUCGAUUACAUCAGAUAUUUGCAAAACACGAACGCGAAGUUAAAAGCUGAGAAUAUGUCGUUGAAAAUGACCGCUCAACGGCAAAAUCUUCGUGAUCUGUUGAUAUGCGGGGAACUUACACCUCCUCGUUCAGAUUCAAGCGAACCAUCUCUGUCACCUGCACCUGCGCCAAUGUCACCGCCUUCUCCGUCGUCGGUAAAGGAUGAUUCAGAUGUUCUACAAAAUCUUCAUUCCGUUUCCACUUCUGGAGGCAUGAGAGAUCACACCCGAUUAACAUUGUGUGGAUUUAUGCUGCUCUUCUUAGCAUUCAAUCCUCUUGGUAUACUUGUGAACAAUGUUGGAAAAUUCAAUUAUGAUUAUUUAAACACAAAAUUGGAUGGACGGACGAUACUCAAUUAUCAAGAUCAACCAGAAUCAGACAAACAGCUAUGGAGCAAUGUUAUUCUCUGGUUCACCAAUCUGAUACUUCUAGCGGGUGGUCUCUGUAGAUUGUUGUUAUACAGUGACCCCGUUUUUCCUACUGACAGCAAGAUUUUUCUUGAGUUACGUCGUUGGAGACGUCAGGCCGAAUUUAAUAUAUCCAAACAUGAAUAUAAUCAGGCAUAUCGAGAUUUACAUCAAUGGUUGCGAUAUUUCGGUCGAUCUUUUCCAUUAUCGCGAACAGAAUUCUAUCUCGCAACCACGUGGCAAAUAGUGAGGCAAAUUCUUCAUAAAUUAUGGCUGGGAAGAUUGAUCACGCUGAUCGGUAAAUGGCUCUCGGGGAAAUCGGAACGGCAGCAGACGGAGAUGUCCGUGGAAAUAGCGGUUGUCUACCAACACAUGCUCUGCCUUCGUCUAUCCGAGGGUACGAAAGAUUCGACACUGUAUCUCGCUUUAUGCGCUGUCAAUUAUGCUGAGGUCGCCGGUGAGAGUAUGCCGAAGCCGCUCCUGGCGGAAAUAUAUGUGAACGUUGCAUUGUGUUUGAAACAAUCUCUCUUCCCAUAUAUACAUAAAUAUUAUCUGGGCAAAGCGCGGGCCUUGCUGUCUUCAUGCGCGGUUCCUCCGAAAUUAAAGUGGAUCAUGACUGACGAAGGUGCAAGAUUCUUGGCGUCUCAGAAAUGGCAAUAUAAAAAACAGUCUGACAGUGAAUUUACAUCACAAAGCAGUCGAGCAGACCCGCUAUCAUAUGCAGCUCGUGCCUAUAGAAAUCAUCUGCUCGAGCAAUGCUUGCGUUUACUGACCGGUACAGUCGGAGAGUGCCAUACAUCUACUGUACUCGAAUUGGGACGAAUGAUCAUGGCUUCUGCAGAAGUGGACGCCUGUUUCCCAUCUAUUGACAAAAUCAGUGUAGCAACAUGUGAAGACGAGAUUGGAUUAUGGUGGGGAGCAGUGAUUUGCGCCACCGCGAGUUGGAGAUUAGGAGAGGAAGAUUCGAAGGCAUGGAACAUUGUGGAAAGCAAAUUUCCUUAUGAAAGGAAUUUUGAAAUCAGUGAUAAUAGUAGCAGCAGCCCAUUACCACAUGCUGUACUCAAUGUACUGCAAGCAGCGAAACAUUCUACAAAAUUGGCUUCGAUGCGUUUCAUUGAGCAGGCAGGAUUACUGCUUGAACAAUCUAUGGUGUACUAUCAUUGCAAGGAGCAAUCAUCGCAGAAAGUCUUGCUUACUCAGUUAUGGAUUUGUGACUGGCUUCUCGAAAUACGCACAACACUAUGGCAAGACUUGAGUCAAGAUGCAGAGUUUGAAAAAUCUGUCUCAAGUAUGUCUCUUGCAGGAUUUCAACGUGACUUGGCAUGCUUGAGGCAAUUGUGUCAACAUAUUCCAUCUGUAUUGGCACGAGUGUUUUUGUACGAGGCUACAGCACGCAUUAUGGCAGGAGCAACACCGGUAAAGACUCAGAUUUUGCUGGAUCGGAGUCUGCAUCACAGGAACUCGCGUUCCUCGAUUAUAUGCGGCAAGGAUAGAUCGCAAGAGCAGAACAAUGGCGAGCGGGAGCAUGCAGUCGCGUUAUAUUUAGCGUGCAGACAUUUACCAAUGCUACUAUUAACUUCGCCGGGAGAACGUGCCGGUAUGCUCGCGGAAGCCGCUAAAACACUUGAGCGAAUAGGGGACAGAAAACGUCUUCAGGAAUGUUACAAAUUAAUGCGACAGUUAGGUUCUGCAAUUACUGUUAAUUAACAUAUUUUACGA